AUGGAGUCCAACGACGAUCAGACCACCCACAAGACGCCUAAUGUUCUAUUCGACUAUUCGAAUGUGGUGACAUUUGCAGCCGGCAAAGGCAGCAACCGCCAAUACUUUGCAUUUGACGAACUACGACUCUGCCGUGAGUCUACCUACUUCGAGGAGCGGCUACGAGGAGACUAUCCCGAAGGAAAGGCUCGACAUUUCGACUUUGCAGACGUCGACCCUGCCGUCCUCGCAUGCAUGCUGUGCUGGUACCGCGGUUGGAGAUGCCUCUCCUGCGAGACGGGUGGCAAUCAUAUCAAUGAGACAUGGUUAUUAGCGGAGAAGUGUCGCAUUCCGAGGCUCAAAGAACAUCUGGCCAAAAGGAUGGAAGCACGAGCAAGCGCGACGGACACGGAUGGGGCGCAGCACGAUUGUCCAUCAUGGCUUUGCGCAGAGGGCCAAGAGAAUGUUCCUGCCACUGACGCUGGACCAGCAACCUCACAACCUGAGAUCAAGGAUGUCACAGAACGGGACAACCGACCCUACUCUCUGUCUGCUCAGGAAAAGAAAGCCUUUUGA